AUGGAUUUGGUGCUGAAAUGUGAAUGGAUGAGAAACUUCAAGGUUUUGAGGCCAAACUUAAGGGGGACGGCGCUGCUUUGCCCGGCGCCCACAGACUCCUGCCCCCGCGCCGCACGGCCCCGCACACGCCGCGAUUUGUGCGCGCGGGGAUAUAGAUAUAUCCAUAUCCAUCUCUAUCUCGGGCUGGGGGACGCCUGGGGCCAGCCCAGUAGGAUCGGGCCCCUGGACAACGUGGCCAAGGAGCUGGGCUCGCACCUGCUGCAGACAUUGGAUGGCUUUGUUUUUGUGGUAGCAGCUGAUGGAAAAAUAAUGUAUAUCUCAGAAACAGCAUCUGUACAUCUUGGUCUUUCCCAGGUGGAGCUUACUGGAAAUAGCAUUUAUGAAUAUAUACAUCCUUCUGACCAUGAUGAGAUGACAGCAGUUCUUACAGCUCACCAGCCUCUUCAUCCCCACCUCUUACAAGAGUAUGAAAUAGAGAGAUCUUUUUUCCUACGAAUGAAAUGCGUCUUGGCCAAGAGAAAUGCAGGUUUGACAUGCAGCGGCUAUAAGGUGAUCCACUGCAGCGGCUACUUGAAGAUAAGGCAGUAUAUGUUGGAUAUGUCCUUGUAUGAUUCCUGUUACCAAAUUGUAGGACUGGUGGCUGUAGGUCAGUCUUUACCUCCCAGUGCAAUCACUGAGAUCAAGCUUCACAGUAACAUGUUCAUGUUCAGAGCAAGCCUGGACUUAAAACUAAUAUUCCUAGAUUCCAGGGUGACUGAAUUAACUGGAUAUGAGCCCCAAGACCUGAUAGAGAAAACUCUCUACCACCAUGUCCAUGGCUGUGAUGUGUUCCAUUUACGAUAUGCUCACCACCUCUUGUUGGUGAAAGGCCAAGUCACAACCAAGUACUAUCGACUGCUGUCUAAGCACGGAGGCUGGGUUUGGGUACAGAGCUAUGCCACCAUUGUACAUAACAGCCGUUCAUCACGGCCUCACUGCAUAGUGAGUGUCAAUUAUGUCCUUACAGAUAUCGAGUACAAGGAGCUUCAGUUAUCACUGGACCAGGUUACCAUUUCUAAGUCACAGUUUUCAUGCAGAAACUCAAUGUCUACCUCACAAGAAACAAGGAAAAUAGUAAAACCCAAGAGUAACAAGAUGAAGGCAAAACUCAGAACAACUCCUUACCCACAACAGCCAUACAGCUCAUUCCAAACUGAGAAACUGGAAUGUGGCCAGGCUGGAAGCUGGAGAUCCAGCCCCACAGCAAAUAUUACCACGAUUCAAGAACAAAAUAUGCAUUCAGAAAACAGUGAACUUUUAUAUACCCCUUCUUAUGGUUUGCCUUUCUCUUACCAUUAUGGACACUUUCCUGUAGAUUCUCAUGUCUUCAGUAGCAAAAAGCAAAUGCUGCCACCUAAAUUUGGGCAGUCUCAAGGAUCACCUUGUGAAGUAGCUCGUUUUUUCUUGAGUACAUUGCAGUCAAGUGGAGAGUGCCAGUGGCAUUACACCAACUCUUUAGUACCUGCCAGCCAGUCACCAUCUAAACAUCUUCCUGAUCAACCUAUGAAUGUUGUACGUCAUAAUCUUGCACAAAGUUAUGAAGUGCCCCUACCAAACAGGAGAUAUAGCCAGAAUGCUACGCCUGACACCUUUACAAGCUGCGCAACAUCUAUGCCAAACAGCAGAUACAAAGAAGAGGUUUAUGACUCCAGCAUCAUGAAACCCAGCAAAAUGGAAAACAGAGUACAUCCACAUCACCAUCAUCUCAUUAAAGAAGAAAACAAGUUUCCUUUCAGCAGAGACCUCCAAGAAAAAAUGAUUGCUAAUGAAAGUUCUUUUUCAAACUCCGUAACUAACUCCUUGUUACCAAAAUCAGAAUGUUUCCAGUCUAAGGCUAUUGGACAAUUAAACCAUCUCCUGCCAAUGCCAUCAGUAUAUGAACAAACAAGGAGAAUUUGCAUGAAAGAACCAAAAUAUGGGCAUAUUAGCCACCAUGCUACAAAUCUGGAUGAACUGGAUGAUGAUGACAGAAUGGCAGUAAAGCUUGAUCAUGACUCUGAAAAUGAACAUAUGAUGGAUAUGAGGCCUACUGGACAGGUUCCAUUUGUACUUCUGAACUAUCAUCAUGUUUUAGCCAAACAUGGUACCUUUCAGGCCUCAUCAUGUACAGCUACAGGACAUGUAGCAGAAAAUUAUGGAUACAGUUCUGAAGAGGUAAAUACAUUUAUUUACAAAACCCAAAGCCCAUCAUCAGCUUCUUCUCCAGAAACCCACAAGGAAACAGCACUCCCGCAUUAUAUUGGAACUUCUGUAAUAAUAGCCAAUGGAAGGUGACAAUAAUAGAAAUGUUUUUCUUAAUUGAAAGCAAACCAAACUGCAAUGAUUUCCAAAAAGCAUGGGAAAACAUGGUUCCAUUUACUGAGACAGAAGAAGGUCAAUGAAGGACAAACUCAUGUGUUCUUGGCAAGCCAUGUGUAACAGUACCUUUAAGGUCAAAAAAAUACAUCCAGCUUCAGUGCUUUGUUAUUACAGAUGAAUCUCUGGUGUAGACUCUGCCAGUGAAAAGCCAUGUAACAGAUCAUAUUUUUGUUAUUUUACAGUGUGCAGCAAAAUUCAAGGACAGGAAUUAUAUGCAGAGAUUUAUACAACUUUCUUUUCUUUUACAAAAAUAAGACUCCAAAAUAUAUUCAAGAUUUUUACUAUUAUGAUCAACUUUAGUUUAAAAAAAAAUCUGAAAAAUAUUGUGUAAAACAGGUCAACUUUCCAUCCAUGCUUUAAACAGCCUGACAAAUGAUUUUUUUUUAAAAAGGGCACUUAAUCUUGAAUAUCAAUGACAAUUGUAUGAACUACACACAAAUCACAAUCUUGAAAAUGGCUAUUUUGUUACUUUGUCUAAAACAAAGUUAGAUAGGUGUAGCUUUAUUAUAUAUUUUAACAUGGAUGGAGUCAAGAAUUCACAGCUUAUUGCUAUGACCGUAUCCUUCAACAGAGGGAUGAUAAAAUGUCAAAACCAAGAGAGAGAGAUAUGUAUUAAGAAGUUUUUGGUCCUGUCAUGGCACAACAGGAAAUCACACUGCAGGGAUUAAAGAUUAGUCGCAAUAAAAACUGUGAUAAGAAAUAACUUCUUCAAAGUGUGUUCCACUGACUGUACUGGGAGAAGACUCUUCACUCUUUCAAACAAACUAGUCAAAAAACUGUCCUGAUCCCAGCACCAGAAAUUGCUUCCAAAUUGUCAAGGAAAUAGUGAAACUUCUGAAGCUUUAUUCAAAACAUGCUGACAGUCGAUGGAAGUUUGAAACGGUUCAGGUUUUUUUAACAUAGGAUUUUCUCAAUGUUGAAUCCAAUUGCUGAUGCAAAGGCAAGGUUCAGGUUUGACUAAUUCUUGUCUUUUUUGAUGGACAGUUUAGGUGCAAGAUGACACUGCAGAAAGCAAAGCUGCUUCCAUUUGUAGCUUGAGCUCAACAUUUUGUACAGCUCUUAUACCUAGUUAUAAUACACAGUUUCCAGCAUUUAAGAUUAUGGGACCAUCCCAUGCCAUUAAGUUUUAUUCAGCAUUUUCAGUGGAAUAGGAAGUGUUUCUUUUUUUUCCCUCUCUCUACAGUGUACACACUAGGAAAUAAGGAGACACGUAUUUGCACUUAUCUUUUACAGGUAAAUGACCCAUUGUGAUUUCUUAGUCACUUCCCCAAAUAUUUUAGUGCUUGCUAAAAUAACAAAUGACUCCCUAGAAUAAUGUAUGUAAACACAAAUAGUUACAAACCUUGGAAUCAAAGGGUAUUUUAUAUGAAGGCUAGUGUAGAUCCAAGUCAGCAAUAUUUAGUUCUAUUUCUUAGCCCCAUUCAGGCUAGCUAUAUUACAUUAUAAAAGCUUUUUAUCUAUUCAAGUUAAAUUUAAAUGUCAUCAGACUCAUGGUCUGUAUGAACAUGUCUAAAGAAAUUACUUACAUGGCUUGUGCAAUAUUGAAAAAUACUUUGUCAUGGAUUGCACCUUGUCAAAGACAAAUGUGUUAAAAGAUGUAAUAAAUAGAUACAUUUCUUAAUAAAGCAUUUCCUGUAUUUUAUACACGGCAACAGAAUUAAGUCACCUUCUUAAGUCUAUAUGAAUAUUUAUUAUUAUAAAAAGUAAACAGAAAUGCUUUAAAAUAUGGUUACAAACAAUUUGCAGCAUUUUUACUGCCUUCCUAUUAAAAGGUUCACAACUCUGAGGACCUUAUUUUGAAACUGAGCUGAUGCACUGCACUUGCAAGUUCUCAGUUAAGUGAUUUUUUUCAUUCACUUAAAGUGCUUUUCCCCUAUCCCAUAUAGGUUCAUGAUAAUGCUCAAGAAAAGUAUUCACCAGUAGCUACUAGAUUUUAAUGCCUUUAAUGAAAAUAUUCAGUGCAAGUGCAAUCUGUAAGUCUCUAAAGCUAGAGCAGAGUCAGGUUUAAUAGUAUUUUACAAGUGAAUUUUAUUAUCAUGCUUAACUUAAAUAUUGUGAUUAAUAGAUACAAGUCUGAGUAUAACAGCUUUGUUCGCAUUACCUGACCUUCCAAAUUAGUAUCACUAAUGUUUGUAUCAAGUUUAGUUACUAAAAGAGGAUAAUUAUUCCAAGACUUGUGUGUUAAUUUUGUAAAAUUGAAAACAUGCCCCACAGGAAGAUAACUGAUAUUGUCUGCAUCAUUAAAAAGAAACCUGAUGCACAAGUCUUGCAUACUACACUUUGCUAUAUACCUCAUUAGCAGUAUAUGCUGCACACAGACUCAGUCUGGUGUAUUUUUUUGAGUGGGUCUCAUUAGAAAAACAUGACUUGAGGAAUGCACAAGUUUGGCUUGAGCAAAAAAUAUGUCACCCAUAUCUUUCAGUGAAAUACCACAAAAUAUUUCCCAAUGUCUACCUUGUUAUUCACACUUUCAGGCUUCAUUCAAUGAAUAUGAAUAAUGGAGGUGUUCCAUCAUUCUCCCACAGAUGUUUUAUAGUACAUGAAAUUCAGAUACGUAGAGAUUUCCAGUUAGGAAAUAAAGAAUCAAUUAUACAUUCACAUAUGAUAAUGUGGAUUAGUUUUCAGAAUAUGUAUUUGUGAUUAAAAAACCAAAUGUGAAACAUUUCCCUUACCCACCCAAGAAAAAAAAUGGUGAUUGCAUAUUCACAUCUGGAAUGUGAAUGGAGAAUUCUGUACAGAACAAGUUCAGACAUAUUCUUGUAGACAGUUAAACUACAGAUGUUGAAAGCAUGCGCACAGUAGUAAUUUUUUAAUAUCAGGAAAAGUUAUUCCGUGUAAGUGAACUGUGAACUGGAAUGUACGAGGAGAAAUAACCUUUCAUGUCUUUUCUGUGCCCUGCUCAUCUAAGCCAGAGGUACCUUUACCAUAAAACUGCAGAUUUUUACACCAAGCCUUAUUGGGGUUUCUGGCACAGCAAGGGAACUGUAAGGAGAUAUAACAUGUUUUAAUGAAGAGAGAAACUGGAAACUUUAUUCACUUACUAGCAUUUAAGUGGCAAGUGAAUUCAAAUUCUUUAUUGAAUAUGAUCUUGUAAUUUCCAAAUUAAGCACAAAAAUAUUCACAACAGAUUAGUUGUUUGAAAAUAUACCACACAGGUAAAUCCAAGAUUUUUUUAUGAAAGAGUGGAAUACCAGCCAGAGUGCUAGUACUUGUUUGACAUGCAUAAAACAUGACAGUAACUCUAUUUCUCAAGAAUAAACAGCAGAUGUCCACCUUCUUCCCCCUCCCCUCCCCCCCAGAAAAUUAGAUUUUCCUUUCUUAUAUGAUACACAAAUAAACUAUGUUGGGCAAACAUAUGUGGAAAAACAAGUAAAACACAAACAGCCUAUUAAUGCUCAGAAUUAUAUAUGUAUUCCCUGAAAAUGUAAAGCAUUUUUGCUUAUUUAUUAUGUAAAACAAAAAACCUGUUAAGAUGUUAAUAAAAUACAGUAGCCAAAGGA